UGAAGCUCCAUUGGCAUCCAACAAACAAAGCUCUCUCUCUCUCUCUCUAUCUCUCUGUCUGUCUGUCUCUCACCCACCUUCACAACAGCAAUCAUCAUUCAUCAUUCAUCAUCUUCUUCUCCAUCUUCAGUCUUCCUCACUUUCUCCGCAAUCUUUCUUUUACUGUCACCGACGACAGAACCAAAAAAAAAAGAAAUCUCCUUUUUUCCACUUUUGAAAUUACUGGGGAAUUGCACAAUUAAUUAAAGUAAAAAUUGAGAAUUUAAAGGGCUUCUCUCAGGAACUCUUCUUCUUUCGUUGGUUAUUUGUUUGUUUCAUCUCUCUCUCCCUCUCUCGAUCGUAAAGUAAAGUAAAGAAAUCAGUUUAGGUCUCUCUCCUUGCAGCUCUAAUUCUCGAUUAAAAGAUCUUUGGAGUUAUCAAGGCAUCAAACACCAUUAUAUCAUUGAAGCAGAUGUUUUUUUUGGGGAAUCAUACUUCUCUAAAUAGAAACUUUCAAUCAACGUUGAAAGUUUUUUGAGAGUCUCAUAAUCGGAUUCAGAUAGAUAUUUACAUGCAUGGAUAUAUUUAUCACUUGUUGAUAUCUCAGUGUUGUGGUCUGAGAAAGUUGGGGUAAAGGAAUUCAUUCAAAUUAACAUAGAAAGAGAGACGGACAAGAUGGGAUGUGUUUCUUCUUGCUUUCGGGUAGAAGACAUUGAUGACUACAUGAAUCCAAAUAGCUCUGUGUAUAGGAACUGUCCCUGCAUUAGAUGCCUUGCUCAUAAUUUCCUUAACUUGUUGCAGUAUGUCUCGGUCUUCAGAAGAGGGGAAACCCGCUCUCUCCCAUCUUCGGUUCAAGCUACUGCAUCGAUGACUUCCUCUUCUUCGCACGAUAACUUUCUGUCUGAAGCAUUCCGUUCUACACCAAGACCUCUCCCUUAUGAUGCUGAUCCUAGAUAUUUCCGUUCACUCAUCUCAAGACGGGAGAAGGGUUCAAGUCAUUCCCAUGAUGAAGCUGAACCUUUAAGAAGUGAUAGCGAUGCAGAUUCUGAAUCUUUCGGGGCUGGAGGAUGCAAAUGGGCUAACAGUAAGUCCACCAUUUCUGAUAAAGAUUCCAAAGAAGAGUACUCUAGUAAAUCCAGUCUCAGGAUUUUGAAAUCAAAGUCAAAAUCAGUAAUGGUAGACUCUGAAAACAUGUAUAUACUGUCUGAAGAUGAAGAUGUUUGUCCAACUUGUCUUGAAGAAUAUACAUCGGAGAACCCAAAGAUUGUGACAAAAUGUUCUCACCAUUUCCACCUUAGUUGCAUUUAUGAGUGGAUGGAGCGAAGUGAAAACUGUCCUGUCUGCGGAAAGGUGAUGGAGUUCAAUGAAACACCGUGAUAAUCUGCCAUUGAUCUGAGUCCUGUAUCUGAACUGAAACUGGGGAAGAUGACAAGGCAAUAUGCAAGGAAUAAUUUGUAAAUUUGGCUUGUUGGUUUGUGAAUAUUUUUCAUUUACGAUGGUAAAUAUAUAUGAAGCAGAAAGGGAGAAAAUGUUCCUCUGCAACAGUUCUAAGUUUCCAUGAAACAAGAAGCAAUGUUUUAUCUUUAAGUGAUUUUCUCCCAUGAAUU